AAAUAACAAUAAGCGAAGAGUGGGAAGGCGGCCUAAGCUAGGAAAAAAACAUGUGAAUUAAAAAGUUACCGCUUACGUUUUAUCUAGAAUAGCAAAAGCAAUAGCAAGUUAGGUUAUCGCGGAUGAGGUUGACCCGCGAGGCGAUAGCGGGAGGGUCCCGCGCGGCCGGGGCGGUCGCAGCUUCAUACUCAAGCCGCGACUCCUGCUGGCAGCAUCUCACGCCGCACACCAGCUCGCCCACCAGCUCGCCCACCAAUAUGUUCAUUGGCAUCACCUCCGGUGGAGGCAACGUCAAUACGCCCUAUGACUAUUUGAUUUGAACGAGGAGACCGAUAAUCUUCGCCUGGAAUAUUACUAUAGUAAUCUUCUUUGAAAAUGGCACUCGACUUCGUAGCCGGAUGCAUCGGAGGCUGCGCGGGAAUCGUAGCCGGCCAUCCGCUGGAUACUCUGAAGGUGCACAUCCAAUCGGGACGAGGAUCGGCGCUGGAGUGCACGAGGGCGCUCCUUCGCAGCGGGUCCCUGGCAACCGCCUACCGCGGCGUCGGCGCUCCGCUCGGCGGGAUAGCGGCCGUCAACGCGAUAGUAUUCGGGGCCUAUGGCCACACUAAGCGCGCCCUGCCGAACCAGGACUCCAUCGGCACCCAAGCGGUGGCGGGCGGCGCCGCCGGCCUCAUGCAGAGCUUCGCGUGCGCGCCCGUCGAGCUCGUCAAGACGCGGCAGCAGCUCGCCAAGCCGGCCGACCCGAUCCCCCGGGGGGCGUGGGGCGGCGCCCGCUACGUGCUGCGGACCGGCGGCUUGCGGGCCCUGUUCCGGGGCCUCGGCGUGACGAUGGCGCGCGACUGCCCGGCGUUCGCGAUCUACUUCGCGUCGUACGAGGCGAUGACGCGCGGUGACGCGUCGGCUUUGCGCGUGUUCGCGGCGGGCGGCUCGGCGGGCGCGCUGUCGUGGCUGGUGCUGUACCCCAUCGACGUGGUGAAGUCGCGGCUGCAGGGCGACGCGGCGGGCCGGUACGCGGGCGCGUGGGACUGCGCGGUGCGGUCGGUGCGGACGGAGGGCUGGCGCUGCCUGUCGCGCGGCGCGGGCGCGGUCACGCUGCGGGCCUUCCUAAGCAACGGCGCGUGCUUCUCGGCGGUGGCGUGGACGGAGCGCGCGUGGCAGCGCAUGUCAGCCGGAUCCGCCGUCCCGCUGCCCGCCGAGCCCAGCCGCUACGAGAAGCCCGACUACCAGUACGAGACGUGAACCACUAGUCACCACGAUGUCAUAGAAUGUUGCAAACGACCGAGAUCAAUAGUACGAGUAAGCUCUAUUUGAUUUUUCUCUGUUGAUAAAUUAUGGAUGUUUUGUUUUGAUAGAGUGGUCACUGGUCAAUUGUGUCAACUGCCGAGUUAUUUAAACUGUUGUUAUCUUAGGUACUUAUCUUCUUAGAGCUUGCAGUAUUUCUACCCGAAUACAAACUAAGUAAUUAUUUAAGCUGUUGUUGAAUAUUCAGUAAGCAAUGUAAUGCACGUUAUUAUAAUAUUUA